UGAACGACAGCCCGUUAUGUGUUUCAUUUGGUGCAAAGUAGAGGCGGAGAGACACAAAGGAAAGAAUGAUAUACACAGGUUAAUGGAGCUGAAAAUUGAAACUUAGAUUUACAAUGUGUCUCUGGAUGGCCUUCGUUCUAACUUGCAUUACAUUGACUCAAUGCACAGAUAUUUCAUCAGAAACACAACAGAAAGCAGUUCAUACAGCAAUAAAACAAAUUAACAUAACAUUUGCUUACAACUUUAAAGAUAACAAAGAAUUCCGGGUAUCAUUGCUCAGAGGGGUAAACAAGUCCAUCACUGUCUGCAGUGGAUCCUUCAACUCCUCCUAUCAGUCGUUUGAGUCUAACAAUAACCACUCCAUUAAGUGCCUUGGCAUUCCUACUGAGAGCAAAAUCACCCUAUAUCUGUCGGGACUGACUGAGAAUGACACAGACAUUUAUUUCUUCCGCAAAGAGGAUAUGUAUCCACCUCCUUAUACCCGUUACCAAGACAAUGGCACUGUCAUUCAUGUAAAAGAGUUAGUCCCUACGGGAGAAGCCCCUGUACAAAAACCUCUUUGGCCUCUGGUUGUCAUUGGAGUUUUGGCAGCAUACAGCGUUGCUAUUACCGCAGCAUUUUGUUACAUUUUGAAAAAAGAAAGGAGAACAAGGGUACUGCAGAGUGAAUACAUCAAUGUGGUACCACGAAGGCCAAAGUGUCAUCAGCCUUAUGCUCCCACCCCUGUUCACUGUCGCCCUCGCUGACUGCAGAUUAGGAUGCCAGAGUCUUGCAACAAAAUGCACAUAGUGGUGACUGCUCCUGGAUAUCCACAAUCUAGCAGUGUAACUGCGCCUAUAACUACACUCAAAUAUAGCUGUUUCAUUUCUCAGUUCCACAUGGCAAGAUCAAGACAAAAAUGUGUAAAAAAUGUGUAUUAGGAAAAUCUGUGACUUUAUUUAUUGAGAGUAAAAUCUUGAUGUAAACCAAUAUUGACAGUAAACUGCAUCUCAUAGAUAAUAUUAGACUUUAACAACAGCAAACAAAAAACUCUUGUGCGAUAAAGCCAACAAAAGCAAAACAAAAACCUCCUAUCUGAUCCAGCCAAUGACUCUGAUAAGAACAAUAAGUAAUAAUAAAUUGUGUUAGCAUUAAACAAGGGAUACUAUGCUGAUUGAGAUUUUAACUACAAGAAGCAAUCAAAAUAAUAUAUUUUCACCACUCUUGGAAAUAUGCAUAUUGGAUAAAAUAUCCCUACUGUAAAUAAGCCAUCAUGGUUUGUUGUGACCCUAUAAUCAAAGCAUGGAAAUACUGCAAAAGAAUUAAAAGAUAUUUUCCCCUUG